GUUUCCCCCCCACCCGCUUCCCGGGAUUGGAGCAAAACCGCCCAGCAGCUCCCUGGAGCCUCCGGAGAAAUGCUCCAGCUCCUCCGCCAUGCAGAGCCUGGAGCUGCGGGAGCAGGACCUGACCGAGAUGGGCUCCCUGAUCCAAUCCCGGGUGGUGCUGGAAGUUUCCACCCAGGUCCAAACCCUGCUGGAUUCGCUGGACUCUGCCCCCCUGGACAUCGCCGUGACGGGCGAAUCCGGCGCUGGCAAAUCCACCUUGGUCAACGCCCUCCGUGGCCUGAGCGACUCGGACCCCCGCGCCGCCCCCACCGGCGUGGUGGAGACCACGGCUGAGCCCACGCCCUACCCCCACCCCGGCCUCCCCAGCGUCCGGCUCUGGGAUCUCCCCGGCACCGGCACCCCCAGCUUCCGGGCCGAGCGGUACCUGGAGCAGGUGGGGUUGAUGCGCUUCGAUUUCUUCCUCCUGGUGGCUUCGGAGCGGUUCCGGGAGAGCCACGCCCAGCUGGCCCAGGCCCUGGCCGCCGCGGGCAGGCGCUUCUACUUCAUCCGCACCAAGGUGGAUCAGGACCUGCGGGCGUCCCGCCGGCGCCGGCCGGGCCGCUCCCAGGAGGGCCAGGUGCUGGCCGAGAUCCGCGCGGACUGCGCCCGCCAGCUGGAGAAGGAAGGCGCAGCCGCCCCGCGGGUUUUCCUGCUCUCCGCCUUCCAGCUGCAUCGCUUCGACUUCCCGCGGCUGCAGGCCACGCUGGCGGAGGAGCUGGCCGGGCACAAGCGCCACGCGCUGCUCCUGGCGCUGCCGGCCCUGACGGCCGAGGCCGUGGGGCGCCGGAAGGAGACGCUGCGGCGCCACGUCUGGAAGAAGGCCCUGCUGGCCUCCCUGGUCUCGGCGCUGCCGGGGCUCCCGCUGCAGCUCAACGUGCCCAUGCUGGUGGAGACGCUGGGCUCCUACCGCCGCAGCUUCGGCCUGGACGAGGAGUCCCUGGGGGCGCUGGCCCGGGCGGGCGCCGGCUCCCCGCAGUGGCUGCGGGCCCAGGUGCGCUCGGCGCUGGCCCGGGAGCUGUCCCCGGCGGCCGUGCGGGACGUGCUGAGCCAGGCCGCCCUCUGUGGGCAGGCGGCCGCCCGCCUGGCCCGCGCCCGCCUGCCGCUGCUGGAGAACCUGGUGGCCGGCGGCAUCUCCUUCGUGGCCGCCUACUUCCUGCUGCAGGGCGCCCUGGAGGACUUCGCCGGGGACGCCCAGCGGGUGCUGGAGGCCGCCUACAGGACGGAGGAGGAGGGGGGGCCUUGUGACCCCCCUGAUCCCGGGUUCCUCUAUGACUGAGGGAGGGGCCCUGCUGGGUGAGGGGGGCUGCUGGCGGCUUCGUGCCCCCCCCAGCCCUCUCCCACUUCUGUCCCUCUCCCCCUCUCUACUUCCACCUCUGUCCCUUCACCCGGCCUUCCGGGGCUCCCUUAACAGAGCAAUAACCCCCCCCCCAUCCCAGCUCCAUGGUGGGGCCAGGGCUGGGAGGACGCCACAGCUCCCUGGAGAGCGAGGUGCAUUGUGGGUGGCCUGGGAGGGACGUGCGACCAUGGUUGGACCUCAGCAGAGCGUUGAGGGAGGAGGUGCCCAGGAGGGGAGCGGGGUGGCCUGCGGGGCAGGAUGAUGGCUGGUGGUCUCCUGCACUGACGGGACGGGCACCGUGUGCUCCCCGUGGGGGCCGUGUCCCCUUCCAGCUGUGGGGUGGGAUUGUGCAAACCAAGGUCUAUGCAUCAAAUGUAGGUCAUCAGAGCCACGUUGCUGCGGGGGCGGGAAGGACCCGCUGUGGCUAGGCCGACAUAACCCUGGUGUAGACACCGCUAGGGUGAUGGAAGGAACCUUCCGUUGACGCAGCUACCGUCACUUGGGGAGGUUACGUUCCUAUGGCGAUGGCCAACCUCUUCCAUCGCUGUCGGGCGCGUCUACGCUACAGAGUUAGGCCGGCAUCGCCACGGCGACCUAGCUACGCCCCUAACAUCCCGUAGGGUAGCCGCGGCCCAGGGCGUAGGAGACUGCAGGAGGCAGAGGUUGGGGGCGACUUUCCCAGCGGAGCAGCCUUCUGUCGGAAAACAGCCUCUUGUCAUUGGAACAGUGUGUGAGAAACGGCCACAAAAUUGUGCGUUGGGGAAAAAAAUAUCAAGGAAAAAAAUUUCAUUUUGCUACGAGCGUUUGGAUGUCUGGGUUCAAAAUUUGUCUUCUGGUUGGUCGUUUUCAAUUUUUAACAAAUUUGUAGAUGGUCAAAAUUGGAAGGAAACGGUUUGGUUUGAUCAGUUUUAUUUUCUUGGAUUUUUUUCUGUUUUGUUGGUUGGUUUUGAUUUAAAAAAAGUCAACGUUGGAAAGAAACAUUUUGAUUUUAUUUGAUUUUAUUUCAUUGUAUUUGUUUACAUUUACAAAAGUCAAUAUUGGAAGGAAACAUUUCAUUUAUGUUGGAUUUUUUUUUAAAUCAAUAUCAGAGGGAAGCAUUGUAUUGGAUUUUAUUGCAUAUUUUAUUUUAUUAUAUUAACUUUUAAAGUUUGUAAAAGUCAAAACCAAAAGGAAACAUUUUGUGUUUAUUUUAUUGGAUUUUAUCAAGUUUUAUUUUAUUCGAAUUGAUUAUAUUGGAGUUUAUUUGAUCAGACCUUUUAAAAAAUGUUACUGAACAGAAAUGUUCCAAUCAACCCCAGACCGCACUAGUUUUUCCCAACAAUUUUGUUCAUGGGGAAAUUAUAGAAUUUAUUUUUGGUUUUCAUCCUGAUUCGGAACAAAACCAAAUUUCAAAAUAUCCAAAUUUCCCAUGGAGCAGAAAUUCUGACUUUGGAGCUGUUCUGACGAGGCGCUAAUCUUGGCCACAGGGUUUGGCUUGAGAGAUGCUGGAUGGAGACGAUACACAAAGGCUGCGUCCUUCUCCCUGGGCUGAGAAUCAGGCUCCUCUUUCAGUAUCCAGGGUGUGGCUCGAAUUGCGACCUCAAAUCCAGAUGUCAGAGGCCAAGUUCGGAGCCAUAAUACAGGUAACCUCUUGAUCUCUCACUUGUUACAUUAACUGGACAGUGGUAACAAAAUAGCUCCUUAUUUUUGUAAAGCAAAGGAUGUUUAUUAAAUAAAACCUCUAUUUUUCUCA